AAAACCCUCUUCAUCUGUUAUUCUCUCUCUCUCUCUCUCAAUGGGGCGACGGCAACGGCCCAUCCUCAAAAACCUACUCGGCGCACUGAAAGACAGAGCCUCCCAAAGCAAAGCAGCUCUUCUCUCCGGACCAAACACCUCUUCCCCCCAUCUCGCAGUCCUCCGCGCCACCACCCAUGAUCCCUCCUCCCCACCACGUGAAAAGCACGUGUCAGUCCUCCUCUCCUUCGGCCACGGCUCCCGCCUCACUGCCUCCUGCUGCGUCGAAGCGAUCAUGGACCGCCUCCACGGGACCGGCAGCUCGUCUGUCGCUCUCAAGUGCCUCAUCGCCAUUCACAACAUCGUCCGUCGCGGAACAUUCAUCCUCCAAGACCAGCUCUCCAUCUACCCAUCUGCUGGGGGCCGGAACUAUCUCAACCUCUCAAACUUCCGUGACGACUCGAGCCCGGAGGCUUGGCAGGUCUGUUUGUGGGUCCGAUGGUAUGCUAGAGUUCUAGAACAGAUCUUGUUCUCUUCUAGAAUCUUGGGUUCUUUUCUUUCCUCUUCUUUGUUUUCGUCUUUUGACGAUGGCUUCAAAGAGACAAAAGAAGAGGUCUCCGCGCUCCCGAACGGCCAUCUUCUGAAGGAAUUCGACGCGUUGGUUGGAGUCGUGGAAGAGAUCUGCAAGGUGCCUGAGUACGCGCACGUGCGAGAGAAUCGGGUCGUGGCGGAGGUGAUACGACUGGUGGGGGAAGAUAAUCUGAUGGCCCAGAGGGAGAUUCUGGUCCGGGCGAUGGAGAUGAGAGAGAGAUUGAGCUGUCUGGUUUUCAGUGACUCGGUUGAGUUGGUUUGUGUUCUGAAGCGGUUGGAGAAUUGCAAAGAGAAGCUGUUGUUCCUGUCGUCGAAUGAAAAGAUGAAGGGUGGGGAUGCUUUGUUGGAUUUGGUUGGGGAAAUGAAGGAGAGGAUUGGGGCGGUGGAGAAGUGUGGAGAAAGGAGAUUGGUGAGGAAGGGGAAGGUGAGCGAGUCGGCUCGACUCGACUCGCGAGUCGUGGUGAAGUCGUCUGAUUUGGUCAGGUUCUCUUCGGGUCGGAUGGAACUGUUGCCCGACUCGGUCAUGUGACGUGGUUCGGAGGAUUGGAUUACAUUUAUUAUUUCUUUAAAGAAGCUGAUGGAAGCAGUCGGUGGAAAACCGACGCAAGGAGGAGAUGUUCUAGCUUUCGCACUGUGCGCUUUGUGCACCUAUUGCUCUUCCUGAAGGUAGAAUUUCACAUUCAAUGGAUUGUCAAUACACGCGCACUUGUUUUCUAUCUUCUACCAUACAGACAUCUGCAGAAAUUUCUGAGCUUUUUUUUUUUUUUUUUUUUUUUUUUUGUUCCUGGGAAUUGAUGUACACACCCACCCUGCUUGUAAUAGAAGCGAAUUGCUUCCUGCCGCCGCCUGGACGGAAUCGGUACAGGCAGAGGCUUUAUGGGCCAUCAUGAUGUAUGAGUUUUAUCCACGCCGUUCAUCCAUUUUCCCAGGUCAUUCUAACAAAUGAGCCUAAAAAUAAGGCAAAUUCAAGGCUCGAGUGGACCACAAAUGGGGAUUGAACGCUCACCAUUAAAAACCUCUAGUUGCCACAGAAGUUUUGAUCGGGCCCUAGAAAGGUUUCAAUUGGUGGGCGUCAUUAUUGCCGCUGCUUCCCAUGAUGUGGUUCACUUGAGCCUUGGAUCUGGCUCAUUUAUGGGUUCCUACCCUACAAUUAUCUUGGAAAUUGAAUGAACGGAAUGGAUAAAAUCCACACAUCAAGAUGAGCACAACACAGCCCCUUCCUGGACCGAUUUGGGUAAGGCCGGGCAGGACACAACCCGCUUUUGCUAGUGAUAUUCCUUCUUUUCUAUCUUGUUUGGGGAAACAGUACCAUACGAUGCUUUUCAAUUUUAACCGUCUAACAUAUAUCCAUCAAUCUGAUGGCCAGAUAA